AUGCUGCUGUGGCGCGUGCAGCAGCGCGUGGAGGGGUGCAGCUGUGCCCCCGUGCACCCGCAACAGGCGUUCUGCACCGCGGACGUGGUGAUCCGAGCUAAAGUCGUGGGAGAGAAGGAGGUGAAUUCUGGGAACGACAUCUAUGGAAACCCCAUCAAGAGGAUCCAGUAUGACGUGAAGCAGGUCAAGAUGUUCAAAGGGCCGUCCCAGGACAUCCACGCCGUCUUCACGGCUCCGGUCUCAGCCGUGUGCGGAGUGACUCUGGACACAAGCGGCAAGAAGGAGUACCUCAUAUCCGGUAAAGCAGACUCUGGGGGCAGUAUGCACGUGACUCUGUGUGACUACAUCCAACCCUGGGAUUCUCUGAGCGCCACGCAGAAGAAGAGCCUGAGCCAGCGCUACCAGAUGGGCUGCGACUGCAAGAUCGUGCGGUGUCAGUCUCUGCCGUGUGAGGUGUCGGCCCCAGAGGAGUGUCUGUGGACUGACCUGAUGAUAGAGAAGCAGGUGUACGGGCGGCAGGCGCAGCAUUACGCCUGCGUGAGGCGCUCUGACGGAUCCUGCUCCUGGUACCGAGGCGUGGCUCCGCCCAAGAAGGACUUCCUGGAGGCUGAGGACCCCUAG